AUGAGCUUGGACGCUGGCGGUCUCGCUCAAAUGACGUACAACCAAUUUCCCUCCAACGGCGCCCUGGGUGCGCCCACCGCCAGUUUCUCCUCUCGUGGCAAGGGCGCUCAUCUGAAGCGCCUCAGUGCCGCCGCUCAGCCCAAGAUCGGCUCCAUCAGCGAGCACCCCGUCGCCGCCAACCCUACGCCCAGGACUAGCCGUGGCCAUCUCCUCGCUGGCCUGCGCACUCAGCCCAAGACUCCGGGCGCUGUGCCCGCCUCUGCCCCGUACAACCAGACCCAGUUUGGAGUGGGCCAGAAGUUCAACGGCUACAACAGCAACAACGGCUCUAGCCAUGGCUAUGGUGCGCCGCAGACCUCUAUUGGCUCCAACUUCCCCAUGUCUGUCCGCAACCAGUACGGAAUGAACGCUGGUCAGCAGGUCUACUCUCUUCCCGAGCAUGUGCUUGCUCCUCCUGCCAUGCAGUACGAGGGCGAGGAGGAGGGUCCGAUCGACCCCAGCCUUGCUGCUCAGCUCAUGGCGACCGAGAUCUAUCUCCAGCAGCGUCAGCAACAGCUCCAGCAGCAGUUGCUCAGCUUGACCGCUCAGCAACUCAGCGGAAUGAACCUGAACAACGGUGCCAACCUGGGUCAGCAGCAAUACCCGAUGACCCCGAUGACUCCCCAGUCGGGUUACUACGGCCAGAUGCAGAACGGUGUCUCCAACUCGCUGGAUUCGCAACCCGGCCUGCAGGUGGUGUACAACCCUGCGACCGGACAGUACCAGUACGUCUUGAGUCAGAACCUGCAACAGUCGCACCUUUCCGACUCCCCGCCGCCCCCGACGCCCAGCUACACCAACUCGCCGCCCAAGACCGGAACGCCGCUUCGCCAGGCUUCCCCUCCGUCCCAGAACAGGUCCAACCCAUUCGACCGCAGCACGUCGCCGCCCAAGAAGUCGGCGAGCCCUCCUGUCGACGUCACCCCUCUGCCGCCGCCUUCCGCCAACGCUUUCCGCCGUGGCCACAAGAAGAACACUUCAUCGUUGGCCAUCAACGUCAACGGUGAUGUCGCCGAAGGCCCCAAGUCCGCUUUCGUCCGCUCCGUUGGUUUCCCGCAGACGCCCAUGACUGGCACCUUUGGCCCCGGUCAAGCCCGUGCUGGCGAACACCCUGUCCGCCAGCCACGUGGACCUCCUCCACUUGAGGAGCUCCAGGCUGCGCCAACCACCAAGCACGAAGGCAGCAAGAACUUUGCUACUCGUCAACGCCGCCGCGCCGUGCACAACCUUGUUCGUGCUGGUAUCGAGCGCCGCGGUGCUCGCAGUGGUAGCGGUGGUGCGGGUACCCCGGUCAGCGAGUCGGACCUGAACUUCCCCUCGGAUAACGACUCCGACAGCGUUCGCAGCGGAAGCCUAUCGGGCAAGCCCAGCAUUGGCAGCCUGAGGGCCGCUGCCAGCGGCGCGAUCGGUUCGGAGAGGAAGGCUUCGCAAGAGCGUCUGCGCAGGAACGGCAGCAGCGACUCCUACUCUGCCAGGAGCGUGAGCAGCGAUGACGGUGCUAGCACCGGUGGCAAGUUUGUCGAAGUGGUCGUGGAAGAGCCCAAGGCUGUGUCCGGCGAGAGGCGCAAGACGCCCAUGCUGGUGCUUACCAGCGCCGAGAAGCGCAAGAGCUCCAUGUUCUAG